AUACACCGCCGUCGCUCCGAGCCCGGAAGAGGACGCGAGCGAAGAGGCGGCAGCUGCCGGUACAACGACUGUUGUUCGCGGUCGUAGCUGCCGCUGCCGCCGCCGCGCCGCCGCCGCCGCCGAAGCGAUGAACGGCGCGGCGAACCCGCUGCUGGAUAAAGAGGAGCACCCACUGCAGCUGGGCGAGAGCUUCGAGCGGCACCCCAAGUCCUCCUUCCACACCAUCCGCUAUGACUUUAAACCAGCAUCUAUAGACACAUCUUCUGAGGGAGAGCUUCAGGUUGGUAAAGGAGAUGAAGUCACAAUUACAUUACCACAUAUUCCAGGUUCUACUCCUCCAAUGACUGUGUUCAAAGGAAAUAAAAGGCCAUACCAAAAGGACUGUGUACUUAUUAUCAAUCAUGAUACUGGGGAAUAUGUGCUUGAAAAGCUAAGCAGCAGCAUCCAAGUUAAGAAAACAAGAGCUGAAGGCAGCAGUAAAAUCCAGGCUCGAAUAGAGCAGCAAUCUGCCAGAGCCUCGCAACCUCCUUCCACCCAGUUCAGAGCUCCUACAAAGCCAGCAACUGGUCCCAAAACCUCCCCACUGAAAGACAACCCAUCACCAGAGCCACAGCUAGAUGAAAUUAAGAGAGAGCUAAGAGCUGAAGUUGAAAUUAUUGAGCAGAUGAGUAGUAGUAGCGAUAGCAGCUCGUCUGAUUCAGAGAGCUCUUCGGGGAGUGAUGAUGAAAGUUCUAGCAGUGAUGGUAAUGAAGCUGCAAACCCUUCCCCUUCUCAGCAGUACAACAACAAGAACUCUAUUGCCAAUGGCACCAGCAGACAACAAGGAAGCAAUCAACUCAUGACCACACUUAGAAAUGACUUGCAACUGAGUGAAUCUGGGAGUGACAGCGAUGAUUAGAAUGAAGUUUCUCUGCUAGUUUUCCAUUGCAAAUGUGUGAAGAUGCAGAUUAUGGAGCAGUAAGAACUAUGCCGGUGCGGAAUCUGUCUCAAAAACACAGCUGUACAAGUGCUACUUUAAAAUGUGACCUAUGGAUGGAAAGCAACAUCACAUGUUCCUGAAGCAAGACUUAUACUUACUGUGUGUAUAAAUUAUGUGUGAUGUGUAUAUUCUUUUGAAGUUUAUAAAUAGAUGUGAACAUACCAAUCUAAUACAGUAAUCUGCAUUCUUUUGUGCUGAUACUUCAUAAAGCAUAAAGAAUGAUGAUCUUGGUGCACUCUAAUAUGAUUCUUGCUCUUAGGAAAGGCCCAGAAGACCUGGCAAUUUAAAGCAAGUUAUCUGUAGAGUAGGUGCAAUCUAGGUUUACAGUUUUAAAAGCAACAUAGGAUAUGGAGUAUAAGUUUUAAAGGAAGUAUUAUGCUGAGAUGCACAACUGCUGCUGGGAUGGUUAAGCUUAAGGAAGGUUUAUGAAUUGUGCUCUUGUGCCUGAUGACCUGUAGUGUGUAAGAGUUGCCUGCAGGCAAGUAAAAGUUUUGUAAAUUGGAAGAGAGCUGGCUUUCCUUUUCUUUCUUUCAGGGUGCCUGUGUGUCACAAAUGACUGAUGAAGGUGUGUGUGGGCAGAUAGGCUAGUAGCGCUUGUAAUAAUUAAUGAGAUUUGUGGACUUAAGAAUUCUGUAACGCUUUACUGAUGUCUUUACAGUUGCUGAAGGUUCACAAGAUGACAAAUGUUUUAUUCAAAUAAAAGACAUAAAAUGCCUUUUAUUAUUCCAUGCGAGAAAUCUCUGCAAAAGCAAAAAACAAUGUAGACAUCUUCUAUAAUCAGCAGAAACUUUUAACAAACAAGGGUGCAAAGAUCCAGGUUCCCGGUGCUUAAUGACUGGUGCUUGUGUUGCUGUAGAGGCCAAAAGUAGCAUUCACCCCUGGUCUGGUUUUGCAAAAGAUUUUGUUCCUGGGGUCCAAGUCCAUGAAUAACUAAAAGUAUUUUCAAGUUUAUACAGAAAAUUGAAGAAGACUCUUCCUGUGCUAUUUAAUAUGUGUAUUUUGAAGGUCUGUCUAUCUUAACAUUUCAUGGACAAGUAUGCCUACAUCUUGGUAGGGAAUAUAGAGAGAGAUAGGGAAUGCUCAUGGCUUAUAAAAUCCAAAUUACUUUUCUAGGUUAAGUGGAUCUAAUUUGCUGCAUCUGUGUACAGGUUUAUAUAUCAUUAUACAAAAAUAUUUUUAAUUACUGAUUUGUAAAAUUAUGGGUGAAAUCCAGUUAAUGCAAUCUGCUUGUGCAGUGCUAGAUUUUACCCAAUGUUUUGUAAAACACGAAUGUAAAUGAGAAAGUUGGUAGCUUGCAAUCAACCAUCUUAGGGAAGUGUGGAGUUUCUACCAAUCUCAUAUCUCAAUUAAAUAUUAUCAAGAUGGGUUUAGUGUUCAUAAGACCUUUUGAAUGGAUUGACUGUAAGAUGUGUGUCUUAAUACAUUUGGUUUAUUUUUCUCUUGGUCAGCAGUUUGAGUAAGAAAAAGUGAUGUUCACUGUUGUUGGAGUAAAGGUGCCUUAAUAUUUUAGAGCUCUGUCAUGUUGCAUCACAGUGGAUGCAAAGCACAGGCUCAGGGCUAGAAAUGCCCAUGUAAAAUGACAAGUCAUCUGUGAUUUUUAGGUGCUCACCUGACUGUACUUGGGGAACGCCAUGGUGCAGCAUAGGAGCCAGUAUAAACAAGAGGGAGGACAGAGCCAUAUAUGGGCUCUGGUGAGGGAAUCAACAGACUGAAGUAGCAAGUGUGUGUAGGAGAGAUUUUAAGAAGCAAGUCAAGCGGAGCUGGAUAACUUUGUCCCUCUUUCCUGAGGAAGAAAAUGGCUGCAGCCAUUGUUGCAGCUAAAACUGGGGACAGGCAUGUGUUGUAAGUCAGUCUGUCUCUCAGAUUUGAUGCAAAGUUUAGGAAGAGUGAUACUUGGUUGUUGAAUGCUACAACUCUAUUCAAUAAGCUAAAGAUGAGCAUGAUGAAUUGUGUGCUUGGUUUUUCAUUGUAUUUGAGAGAAGAGACCUGCAAGUCAUCCAUAUAAUUUUAGUAUAAUUUUUAGUAUGUUUCAAUUGUGAAGGCUGCUUAGGGAAAACAGACAGGGCUGCAUGUAUUCCAUGACUGUGCUCAAAUUUAGACUCAGAUAUUUAGCACCUGAAAGAAUCUUGGAUUGUAACUCAAUUUUUAGCUCUUUUGGCUGAAAAAAAACCUGUGUUACAAACAAACCAAAAUCAGCUGCUGCUUGAUGAAAUCUGAGAGGGGGUACAGAAUAGGUUUUUUUAAGAAGACAAGGAUUUCGUGUACAAGAAGACAUAUAGAUUAGACUAAAUAAGUAAAUAUAGUCAUAUAGUUAAGGCUGCAAUCCUGUGCUUGCUUUCUUGAAAAUAAAGUAAACAUAACUGAACUUAAUGGACUUACUUCUGAGUAAGCCCUACUUCUGUAUAGGUUGUGGUACACGGCACAGAAUUUGGUUUAUCUUGUAAUGGUGCAUAUAUACUAACCUGAAGUAUUUAAAACAGGUUUACUUCAAAAGCUGGAGAAAGACAGAUGCUUCCAAAGUUUGAAUGACCCAUGCUUUUUGCACAGGAGCUAUUGUGGCUUAUGAAAAAGCAUUAUCUUCCAGUACAUGUUCCCUAACUGAGUUCAGAGGCAAGACAAUUGAAACAACUGCUAACUAUUUCAGUGUUGGAGGGAAAAAACAUAGGAAUGAGGCAGAAUUCAGAUGUGUAAUAUACUAUUUUUGAUGCAACUGUGCCUCAAAUGUAUCUCCAUCAUUAAUCUAGACAUAUGUAUGUUUACAUUUAUGUAAAUAUAUGCAACUUGUACAAUUUGUAGGUUUUUCUUUUUAAACUUUUAUUUAAAUAAAAAUGACCUUGAACAACA